ACAGACUCCAACACCAGUGUGACUGUCCGCGCGGGCCUAGUUUAUUUAAUGCUUAAUCGCAGGAGCCGCACCACUUUCUCCGAGAAUACGGAUUUGUCGAGCAAAUAAUGUACACGUAUUAUCGUACUCGAUAAAGACUGAUACGAAUGAGAUUUCUUUUUCGUACUGACUUCCUGCAAAAAUACGUGCUCGUCAUCGAUGUUUAAAGAGCGAUAGUGACGAAAUCGUCGCAUUCCGACAAGAAACCGCAACAAGAAACAGGUGACGGGAAGGACGUUUUUUCUUCCGUACGAAUAUUCAGCGUUCGCGUCUUCGAGCUCUCCUGUAACAUACCUCCAUUGACGAAGCAUACGCGAGAUUCGCACCGGAUCUUUCAAGAAUUUCAAGCGACCGUAAAUUUUCAAGCUAUAAGCGAGGAUGGAUGUCAAGGAGAAAAAGAACAGCGCCGAAAGUGUGGCCACGAAUGGAUAUAAAAAAGAAGAUGUCAAGGAUGUACAGAUACCGGUGCCGUGGGGCCACAUUAGAGGCAAAUGGUGGGGCCCUAGUGAGCUCCAACCGAUACUGGCGCUACACGGUCGCCAGGAUAACGCAGGCAGUUUUGACACAUUAAUGCCAUUGCUGUGCGAUGAAAUUUCUGUUCUUUGCCUGGAUAUGCCGGGGCACGGUUUAUCUUCGCAUUAUCCAAAGAGUCAAUUCUAUUACGUCUAUUUGGACGGUGUCAUGUUCCUUCGUAGAAUUAUAAAACAUUUCAAAUGGAAUAAGGUCAAACUUCUUGGGCACUCAUUGGGUGGUGCUAUAUCAUUUCUGUAUGCGGCAUCAUACCCAGAUGAAGUCGAGUUUCUUAUAAGUUUGGACAUCGCUAGCCCGAGUGUAAAGGAUGUCAAGAAAACAGCUGCAGCCACCGGAGAAUGUAUUGACAAAUUUUUGAAAUAUGAAUUAUUAACAUUGGAUAAUGUACCAUCCUACGAAUAUGACGAAAUGCUUGAGAUAGUAGAAAAAGCAUAUGAUGGAUCUAUAACAAAGGAAGGAGCAGAGAUAUUAAUGAAACGUGGUAUACAACCAGCGUACAAAAAGGACAAAUAUUACUUUUCUCGUGAUCCAAGAUUAAAGGUUUCCCUUUUAGGCAUAUUAUCUCUAGAUCUAACACUUGAAUACGCAUCUCAGAUAAAAUGCGCUUACCUCAACAUCCGUGCUGUUCCUGGAUUGAAAUUUGAACAACCUGAACAUUAUCAGAAAGUAUUAGAUGUCAUAAAAAUAGGAGCUAAGAAAUUUGAGUAUUGCGAAGUGAAAGGUACACAUCAUGUACAUUUGAAUGAGCCUGAAAAAAUUGCGCCUAUAAUCAAGAAUUUUCUACAGAUUUAAUAGUAAUAUUAUUAUAGUUAUUAUAUAGUAAUAUUAUUUAGUUAUUAAUGAAUGCAGUUACUUAAGAUAAGAUUUUGUGAAAAGUGGAUAUAUGAAAUUCUUUGACUAAAAUGUAAACAGAUUAACAGGAGAUUAGGCCUGUUCUUUUUGGCUGAAUUUGUUGCAUUGUUCAUCUUUUCUCUUUUUCUUUUGCAAUAUAGAGGAAAAAAAGAUAGAAAUCAAUUUCAGAAUCAAGAAAUUUUGAAAAGAACAAGCCUAUAUUUCUGUUUGAUAAGUAAGCUUGCACUUAUAUAAGUAGUUUUAUUAAAUUUUAAACACACAAAUAGCUUUAUAUUUAAAAAAUAUGAAAGUAUUGUUGAACAAUAUCAAUAAGUGAUAAAUUUAAAAGAACGAUUAAUUUUAUUUAAAAGAUAACUUAAAUAUAAAAGUAUACUGUUGUUGGAUAAUGUCAAUAAGUAACAAAUUUAAUAGAGCAAUUGAAUUAAAUUCAAUUUCAUUGAUUAACUUAUUUUAUUUUACUAUUAUGUUUGAAAGUAGGGUGUUUUAGCAUAACAAUCAGUGCUGUGAUAAGCAGAGAUGAAAAGACGCAUAUAAAUUUAAAAAAUAUAAAAUUAUUAUAUGUAAUUAAAUUUUUGUCGAGCAUUGCAUACUAUCGCUUUUACGUGCUAAUUAAUAAAUUAUUUAAUGUUGAUCUUU